AGUGCCAUAUACACGCAAGCGCAAAACACGCCAUAGAUUUAUACACACGUAGGCCUAUAUCCGUACAUAAUUAUUUAGCAGCGACCCUCGACCGUGGCGCGGCGCUAGCCGAAGCUUUGCGCUCAAUUCAAAGCUGUGUGUUGGAUUCGUGAUGGCAGUACCUUCAUCUGAAACAAGCCCAAGAGCCAGGCCUGGGUCUGGAAUGAUUGAGUCAUUUAUCGCAAAACUAGAUCCAAAUGUUGACUCAGCGAUCAUCAAAACAACUUUGAAAAACAUCAGGGAGAAAAUUCACCAUUCCAAGCAAUUCUACAAAGACUUUCUCGUCACGUUUUAUGCAUCAGAUGGAGGGAUCAAACUCCUUGAAAUUUUGAGAGAAAAGGUUGAAGAUGAAGAGGUCGUUGACCUGUCUGUCAGUGUUUUGGCCACCUGUUGUUUAGAUAAAAAUAAUGCAGAGCAGGUGAAGGAUUCCAGUGGCAUUGCAAUCAUUGCCUCUGUCCUGAGACAUUAUUCAGAAUCCUCCAUCAGCAUUACCAACCGAUGUGCGAGGGCUCUCGCUAACCUCGGCAAAAGUACAGACAUCGAGGAUAACCUGGAAGAAGAUGUUGUACCCAUCCUGGUUCAUGCCCUUGAUAUCACUGAAGACAGUGGAUGUUGUCACAGUCUUCUGCGAGUCCUCAAGAUAUUUGCCUCGAGCAAGAACAAAACCAUUCUCUGGAAUGUCAUCAAAUGUGGAGGAUUGCGUGUUGUCUGUGUGAAGUCCAAGUCCAAAGACAGUAAACUUGUCCUCCUGGCAGUCGAGACUGCUGUGGCACUCACUGCGCCAUUCGAUAAGCGAAAAUCACGUUGCGCCCUGACGCUUCCUGUUGCAGCAGCCAAUCCGGUACUAGAGAAUGAUAGUUUGUCAAAUCUCUUUGACCUUCUGUCUCACCAUAGACCCGAGGUGCAGAAUCAUUCCUGGGAAUGCAUUGGUAACCUGAUGUCAAGUGACAUUGGGAGAGCGGCCCUCGGGAAUGCAGGAUUCGUCAAGUUUUACCUGGCAACGGCCAGGAACGAAGACGUCAAGAAAUCUGUCAGGGAACGAUGCGCCCAGUACCUCUGCCUCUGCUGCCAGGAAUCUGUGAACAGAGCAAAGAUGUCUGAGCUCCAUGGCUUGCAGUUCCUCAUUGAUCUCUUAAAUGGUGAUGCAGACUCUCUGCCAGAUGUCCCAUCUGCUCUGGUGAUUGCAGCCAUUGCUGAAUUUCGCUUCGAUGCCAUUGCCAUGGAACAUUUUGCAAACCACAACCUUGUGAAGGUACUUAUUCUACAUCUUCAGAAGAAAGUAAAGGCACAGAGUGAGCCUCCAGAGGACGAUGAAGAAAAAGCAUCAGGAAAAGAAAAAGAUGUAUCACUGAAGAGAGCUGACAGGAAAAGGAAGAGAAAGAGACAAAGGGAUACAUCAAAGAGAACAAAACGCGACUCUGAUUUUGAAGAUUCAGAUACUCAAACCGGAGUUGAUGUUGACAAGAAUCUUUUGAAUCCACCACAGGCGACACCUCAGCCAUCAACCCCAGACUGUGAUGAUGGCUUGUCUCCCAAGUAUUCAGCUCACUGGUAUCCAGAGAGCCCAAAGCUUUCACCACCUCCUCAGAGCAACCUCUCAGGGUCUUCUCCAUCAAAGUAUUACGCCUCUGGGCUUUCCCCACCAAGGGCUCAUUGCAGUGCCUCUCCGCCGCCCACCCACCAACCAACCUACCAGUUUCCCUCAUCUAUGAUGUCUCCGCCUAAGAGCCACAGCACUUCUCCAGGGAGCAGUCCGUCAUACUUUUACGACCCAUCGUCUCCCCCAAAGUUCUUCGGUUACUCUGAAGAGUUUUUUAGCCCUGUGGUGAGCGAAGAAUCAGAUACUGAUAACAAUACCAGCUCUGAGAGUUGUGACAAUAUGGAUGAGGAGGAGAGAGGAGUAAAUCCAGGGUUGAUGGAAAAUGCAGAAGAUGGGGCCAGGUCAAGGAUGCAACAUAAUGAUGGAGAGCCAAGCGGAACGUUGUUGGCUCAAGCAACAAGAAAAUUGACCUUGUUGAAAUGUGACACAACAACUUUGCCAAAAUCUGAAGAAACUGCAAAUGUUGUGACUGGAUCAUCAAUGGAAGUUGAGUCAUCGAUGGAUUCUGAGACCGCAGCCACCUCUGCAGAUGUACAAAGGGCAAAAGGAAGGACUAAAAGUUGCAAGUCAGAGUUGCCCUCACCCAAGCCAUCAACGUUACGUUCCAGAAGUCCACCUCUUACUGCACGUAGGACUAAGAGAGUUCCUUCAUCUCCUAGGACAAGUUUUAGUGGUGAUCUCACAGAUGGGGAGAGGACACCCUCAAAGGAACCUGAGACACGUCGCAAGCGCAGACACGAGGAGGAAAACAUUGUGCUUAUCUUCCGGGAAAUGAUACUCCUUCACCACGUCCCCUCCAUCAUGUACAUAGCGAGGGAAUGUUCAGUAGAGACCUUACUUCACUGUGCAACUAUGGAGAUGGUAGCCAAAGACAAAGCCCAUAUGCUCCUCAAGGAUAUACUAUCAUCCAGAAUCUUCUACGACAAACUGAUGUCUCACAACAUCCCGUACCUUAUCUACAGGUCACUGACCACAAGUGAAAAAACUCAAGAGCAAUGCAGAAGACAUGAAAAGCAGGAGCCUGCCAAAAAGAUGGCUAAAUCCAUGGUCGAUGAACACCAAAGUUCAUACGAGAGACAACGAAGCAGGGUGCAGGAGUAUCUUGAUAUCCUGAGGGACAUUGCUGAAAGCUCUUUUGGACAGAAGGAGAUGGAACAUGUUUUAAGAGAACAACAGAAAGAAGGGAAACUGUCUGCUGCCCUCUCAUUGCCGUAUCUGUACAGCUCUGGCAGAAUACUAAGGGAUCUCGUAGUGGACUGUGAGACAGUACAACAGAUGUUACAGCAGUUUCAGAACCAGUCCUCAAAGGAGCUGCUGAGAAAAGCAAGCCAUAGCCUGAGUCGUGCCUCCCGUCUACUACUUUCACACUGGGAGGACUAUAAGGAUAGGCACUUUGCUGUUGACACCAUGUCAUCAUCUGAUGAAGUCGUCCAACAGACCGAGGGUGGUGAUGUGGCUGGGAGCAGUAGUUGCGAUGAAUGUCUCUACAGGGCUCAAGAACAUCUAGUGGACCUGACCCUUGUCUGCAAAGGUGGCGAAUCCUUGAGGGCAAGUAAGCAGAUUCUGUCUGCGAGAUCGGAGUACUUCGCCUGUCUUUUGACUGGACAUUUCCAGGAGGCGUGUCAGGAAUCAGUCAGUCUAGAAAGCAUGCAGGUCAAGAGCUUGACCUGCGUGGUGCACAGUCUCUACGACUGUCACCCGCAGCGCUGCAGAACCCUUCGCAGCCUGGACAGGGAAACGAUGGACAAUCUUCUGGAUAUCAUCGCAAUGGUCAAGUUCUGUAUGACUUCAAAGGACAGCCAUCACCACGCAGGACCAGCUGAGUUUUGCUUGCUGGAGCAAUGGGUCAAUCAUAUUAUACUGGGUUUCAAUUUAGCGGAUCGCACAGUGUGCAGACUCGCAAACUUUGCUGCGCUUCACAACUGCCAGAAGCUCCUCAAAUGCUGUCUGCUCUUUGUACUUGGAAGUCGUUCUAGACUGCGUAAACACCUCAGGGUUCUUCUCACCUCAGGACUUGGUGACCAAAUUCAGAACUGCAUUGUUGAACUGUUUCAAAAUGCUUGAAAACAAACCAUAGGGAAAAAUCCUUACUCUGUAACUGCUUUCUUAUCUACUAGGGUUCUAUUAUCCCGUCAAAUAUCUUACCUAUUCAACUAUGAUGGUAAGAAUUUUAGUUAGAUUAUGUUUUGAGACUGAGGGAUGAUCACACUUGGCUCUCAUUAUAAUCUUUAAUCCUGAAAAGUGGGGCUCUUUAAAAGAUAUUACCCCCCCCCCCCCCCCCCCCCCCCCCCCCCCCCCCCCCGGAGAUCUUAGCUGUGAAGUGCCCAAUCAUUUGGUAAAAACAGACUUUUUGUAGUAAAUAAGGCCAAUGAUGAAUAGUCUAAUGAAAGUAUUAAAGACUUUGUUUUGGCAAUGCAUUUUUGAAUUCACAAUUACCAUAUUAAUAUAUACAUCAGCAAUCUAAGUUGCACUCUGUAACUUGUAUUUAUGCAUAUUUUAAUUUAUUUAUGUAUAUUGCCCAAUUCUGUUGAGGAUCUAGUCGGUUCACUUUGUCUCAUUAUUUAUGGUACUGGUGCACGCGUAAGAAAUAUAUGUGUACUCUAUAUACAUGUACUUCUA